AUGCAGAAGCGAUGUGGCUGCAAGGUCGCAGGCCGUCCGGAGUACCGAAUCAAAACCAUUGCUCAGCGUUACGACCAGUACUCGAGACCGACAAAGGUCCAUACCCACGCAGUGGUUCUCGAGAAAGCCGUCACUCAUCCGGAUGGCAAGAACUUGAUCAUCAGCCUCGCUGACAGGACUGGAAGUGCAAAAUUCAUGAUUGAACGCCCAUCCACCAACAAAGAAGACCUUCUCGCCGACCACUCUCCGAACACCAACCCACUUCCCGACCCGCCCAAAGUCCCCGCCUUCAUCACUAUGUCCUGGGACUGGGGACUCUCUCUCCAACCAGGUCAUCUAGUCUGCUUCUCGUCUUCUGCGCCCGUCGAAGUAGUCGAAUCCAAGACCACGAGCGCUCUCAAAUGGCCCCUCCGCCUCCUCGGCGGAACCGUUGGUGUCACUGGCUAUGCCAUUGCCGGCGUGGGCAAGCUCCUUCAGAAAGCCGCUGACAAGCUCAUGAUGGGCCAACCCAGAACUAUGGUUUCCCGAGCCGACGCGGUCUUCAUGGAUGAGCACGACCAACGCCGCGUCCUCGGCAAACGCAAUGGCACACCCCGCUGGAUGCGUUGCACCGACGUAGCCAAGGGACGCGCGAAGGAGUGGAAAAAGAUACAGAAAUCGCACUACAAGCACUGCCCUGGGUCUCAACAGCAACAAGACGCCAAGGUCACCCCACAGCCGAGGCGCCCCUUUCAAAACGGACUGGGUUUGAUGGAGCGGAUUGCUUUGGCGUCAGUAGGGGAAUCCAAGCCGAGGUGGCGAGUGGCGAAGCGACGGGUCAUGGCAUCUGAGAAGCGCGAGUGUGAGAGCGUGGAUGAUGAGGAUGCGCGGACCGAGGGAGCCUCUAGUCGGAAGUCUUUGUUGUCGCGGCCUAAGAGCAGACUUGGCAGGGCUACGAUCAGGCAUGGAAAUUUUGACGAGAAGCGUGAGUGGGGUGGCUCAAGCGAUGAGGAUGCUCGGACUGAGGUGCCCUCUAGUCGUGAGUCUCUGGAGUCGCAUCCCAGAGGAAGACUCGGCUGGAGUACGAUGAAGAGGUAUCUUGACUCUUGA